GGAAUUUGCAAUAAAAUGUUAAAAAUACACAGUUUGCCGAAUACGGAAUUGUCCGAUUAUUGUUUAAGUAUUUUGGAAAAACAAGGCAUUUCAUUGGUACGUGAAUUUAUGUUGGAAAAAUCCGAGAAACUUAUGAAAAUUUUAAAUUUAAAUCUUGAGCAAGUGAAUAAAAUUAAGAACGAAUUUCAAUGUUUAUAUGGUCCAAAGCCAACUCUCAUCAAUUUGGCUUUGUCUGACUAUAUAAAGGAGACAGAACUGAAAAGAAAAGUUUAUGGCACUCAUAUUGAUGCUUUGGACAGUAUGCUGGCACCACGACAACUACUCAACAAUUCAUCAUUUUGGGAGAUAUGUGGACCCACUGGAGUAGGAAAAACACAAUUGGCUUUAACAUUAGUAUUGAAUUUUGUUAUAUCCCAAGUAUCACCUGCUCUGUAUAUAGAUACUAAAUUGGAUUUCUCGGCGAGUCGCAUAAAAAAUAUGCUUAAGGCACGAGAAAUUGAACCGGAACUAUAUGCCGGCAUUAUGUCUUAUAUCAAAGUGGAGCGUGUGAUAUCGGCCCAAAGUGUUGUGGAGAUGUUGGAAGAGUUCUAUAAACAAUUGCAACAAGGAGAUGAGAAUGUGUCAGCAAUUAAGAUGAUAGUAAUAGAUUCUUUGCCGGCAGUUUGGUUUCUCUUGAAAGCCGAUAGUAAUCGCUUGGCGGGGAAGUGUUUGUUGUCCCGCCUAAGUCAAAACAUAAACCGUUUAGUGCGCCAGCACUAUAUAACCAUAAUUUGUAUAAACCUCUCGAUGUUGCCCUCCCCAGAAGAAAAUGAAACAAAAUCAACAGCCUUUGCUGCUCCCAAUGACAAUGAUAUUUCCGAUAUUAUUGAAGCUGAUGAUAUGGAAUUGGUUAAUGAAAAAUCGGCUUCACACUCUCUCGAUUAUCGUCCUGUUUUAGGUAAUUUUUGGUUAAGUAAACCUCAUUUGCGUUUGUCAUUAGAAUUUCCCGAAAAAGAAGAUGUUGGUUAUAAAUUAGAUUCUACUCUGCGUGUCAUUAAAUUAAUAAAAAGUACAUGGGGUCCCAGCUAUCUUAGCUGUUCGGUGAGAUUACAGCCGGAAGGUGUAGUCUAAAAACUA